GCCACAAGGACUGCUGUACACUCCAAGCGCCAGGUUCGCCAACAAAUCAGGUCCCAGCCGGCUAACGGUUCACCCAUAUGUUGUCGGCAGUCUGACAUCUAUUCGUAGAGAACGAACAAGAAGGGCACGCUCGAUUCGCGGCUCCCACGCGCUAGAUCGGCGUUUAGACUUGGUUUUAGAGACGGGCCUGAGAUGGAGCUGGCCGCGGACAUGUCUGCUGCACGGAAUGCGCCAGGUGCCCGGCAGACUGCAUGGAUGCUGAGCGGGAUCCGAACGGAGGUGGUGGUGAUCCCCUACGCCGACCGAACUUUCGUCAUCGUCACGCAAAUGAAGAAGCUCGGCAACUUGUUGAUGGCGACGUCGGAUGCCGCCGGGGGAAUGAUGGCGGGCAGCGGGGGGCGGAGAUAUAGCGUGCAAGUUCUGCUUGGAAGGAGGGACGACCCUCUUCUCUGCUUGUACGCGCGCCAAAUGCUGGAACAGAUGAAGUCAGACAAGCCACUGCUACUGGCAGUAUGUCUCAAAGAGGAGGGGCGGGAUACGAAGACGUUCCAAGAAGUGAUCAACCAGGUUCUCUCGCUCGGAGGAUGGAGCGGGUGAUGCGAUAACGGCGACGAAUGAAGGGGGCCAAGAGGCCUAUCAGAUGCUCAUCCGCCGAUAUUUGUCAGGGAUAAAGAAUUGAUCCCAUCAUUUCAAGAACGGGUCGGUCAAUCGAAGAACAGGUCGAUCAUUCGAAACACAGGUCGAUCAUGGAUGUUUGAAGGAGCACGAGUUGUAGAUGGCAAAAUAGCUUGACCCCAGGGAAAAUGAAAAGACACGGGUGUCUUACAGACGACACCAUGUGGAAAGGUGCACCAAUUUUGGGUAGGCGUCUGUUUACUGUGACCAUAUUCCGUUUGUGCACCUUCGCAUUUGAUCCGUAGGGGUGUUUUGAUGCGAAGGUGAAGUGGAUGACGACGAGUUGAUUACGUGGGUCCAGCAAUGGUGCAGAGCAUCUGUUGUACAUGCUUGAGGCCGUCAGGGUUGGAAAAAUAACUGCUGUUUCGAUUGAUCAGCGCCCCUCGCUUUUGUACUAGGAUGAAGCAACGUAGACGUGGCACCGAACUGGCAAUGUAAUUGAUUGUGACGUAGGCACUGUUGCUGUUCGAGUGAGACUGCGUACGGUAGACUUUGAACCUCUGGCGUUGAUAUUGCAGUAGUAAAGUGACCCUCGUGA